AUGCAGCACUUCUGCGGCAUCCUGCCAGGUGUGUUCGCAGAGUGCUUUCCAACAUUGCCCUCAGGGCGGGUUUCCUCCGAAUCGGAUGGUGAGCCUGCAGGAGAAGCAGAGGCCUCGCAGUUGGGGGUCAUUGACCAGACGAAGCUUUGGCGCAAGUUGGCCAGAAAGCGAAAUCGAAAAGCUGCUGUUUUCCUGGCAGAUGCGGCAUCAGCGUUUUUGACCCUUCUGUGGGCUGUGCUAACGGCUCCUGUGAUGCGAAUUCAUUUCGCCUUGUUCAAACAGGCGACAUGGCUCUCGGAGCGGGUGCAGCCCGAGGACACGGACGACUUGCAGGCCGACCUGGCUUCUACGGCGGCAUUUGUCAAAGGAGCCAUGAACCCCGCCUACACAGUUCUGGCACUGCUCGUGUCCAUGGUUUCGGACUCACGUCACAAAUUGUGGCUUCCAUUAGUCGGAUGCUAUGGCGAUGUGUUGACAUGGACUCAAGACAAGCUCCGAACUACGCGGCGGUGUGUCUUUACCAUCAUCGGCCAAAUGUGGCGAAAGCUCAUUGAUGGCUGGGAGCGGUACCCCUGGCGUUUGGUUGAGCUUUUGGAGGCCUGUGGCCAGGAUGAAAAGAAAAAAAUUGCUGACCAGUUUUUGGCAGCAAAGGAAUGCUGCCUGGAUUCGUUCAGUGGCAAGCUUCAGAAGCUUUGCCAAGCAAAGGAUCUGUUGACGAGCGAAGACGCUGAAAACGUGGACGCGGAGCCUGACGUUGAUGAGGAGCGUGAGUCAUUCUUGAUGAGUGAAAAGUGUGAGUCUUUCCUGGCAGCAGUUUUUGACAGGGUGGUUCCAACGUCGACGUAUGUCGAGCGAAUGUUUGCUCGGUUUAAUUCGUGGACGGAGACCAAAGGCCCUAAGCUGCGCCUUUCCCAGCUGGCAGCCAAGCACUUCACGCAAACCUUCACUCAUUUGGUGGACAACUGGAGAAAGCAAGGAAUCAAAGCUGGCAAGUUCAAGAAGCCCAUCAACAACAAAAGCAGACCGGCGUGGGUCAAAGGCAAGCGGAAGAAUUCCUCGGCGACGGGCUUGCAUUUGUUUUCGGAAAUGUUUUGCGCACAAGAGUCCCGACGACGCUUGGCCUCUGGCCAAGUCGAAAGCUGGCCUCAGUUCAUGCGGCGUGCCAAGAACGUUUGGCAAACGUUGGACGUCGAUGAUCGGAAGCAGUGGCAGCGCCUGGCCAGAGCACAGAAUCUGCAAAGCAAAGCUGCUUUCAUCGCUGAAGCUCGAGCUCGAGUGCAGGCCGAGACGGCUGGCGGUCCGUGGAACAUAGCCUCGAGCAGCGGCUUUCCCCUUGACCGACGGGUGAUUGUGAAACACCAUGGUGCCAGGAAGGCGAAAGUGACAGCUUUCCGUCAGCGGACCAACAAGCUCCAGCCAGAGAAUUUUGAUUCCAUGGACGCGUGGCCUGAGUCGGAGUAUACGCUUUUUGCAAAGUGCUCUCGCCGGUCAUGCGUUGCCACCCUGAAUGAUUCGCAGCAAACCGCCUUUGGCGAGCUGCACGAUGUUUUGGUUCACGUCAUCAUGACGCACGCUCCACUGCCGUCGGCGCACACGGAGGAGCCCCUGGUUCUGGGCCUGGCUUCGGAUGCCACCGACGUCACUGAGUACUUUGUGCUGGCCUACCACACUCGAAAACCGCCGAUUGAUGCGGCUUUUGCCAAGCUGGCAGUCCGUGAUGAUGUUCCGGGGGAUGGGGUUCACAUUUGCCUCAAGCUUGCAAAAACAGGCACUGGGGACUUGGUCCUGAUGUCAGACAAGGAUCUGGCUCACGCCUUGGCGCAGCAAGCCACCGACUGGGCGUUUUUCGUUCUGGCAGUGGGUCGGGUCAGGGAUCUCAGCGAGUUUGACAUUACAUCCUCUUAUUUUGUUGAUCCCGGUGAGGCAAAAGCAGCUCGUGAAACCGAGCGCCAGAAGGCAGCAGCCUUGGCUGCUCUUCGACAAAUGACAAACCCCAAGCCGAAGCCUGAUCCAAAGCAAGGGACUGGCAAAGCCAGCGGCAGUAGUGCAAAGAAAAGCAGCAAGGAUUCUGCAGCCACGGUCGACAAGGCAAAGCUGGAGAAGCUUGAAGCAGCGGCACUGGGCCUGGGUCACUCAUCCUCAUCAUCAGGAUCUGAGAAAGACCAAGCAGCUAUGGCCUUCGGCCUAGUGACAUCUCGCCAGGAGAAUGUGCAACCCAGCUUUUCCGGAGCAGCCAGCUCCGGUGCCUCUGGCAGCGUCCUUGCAUCUCGUCCGGCUGAAGCCGAAGCUGAAGCCAGAGAUGAGAAUGAGGUGGCGGCAGUCCCCCCACCGCCAGAUGCGCCAGCAGAGCGGAGACCUCGCACUAUGCAGCGCAGAAGUGUUGUUUGGGGCUCUUGCCCGGCGUUCCAGUUGGCGCCAGUGUAUCGGGCCGGCCAGCACAUGGGUUUCAGUGCUUUGUGCCACCGGCACACAGACCCUGGCGUGGACCUGAUCUGCAAAAAAGAAAUCUCGGCGGUGGGGGGGCUGCCGCAUGAUGUUUGCCGCUUGCGGCUGAAGCGGUGGCUGGUGGCUGGCUUGGAUGACGAGGACUGGCCGGAGAAGAAGCGAGAGUUUCACAUUAGCAUGGGCAAUAUACUCCUCCGGGAUUUUUCCCAGGGCAAGACGUCGGAGGAGUUGGACAGGAUUGUGCAGCAUGUGUCGUCUUAG